UCAGAAUGGAGGAGCUUUGAACAAAAGUAAAAGGAAAAGAGUUGGACUUGAGGCUGCUUCUCGCUGGGGAGCAUGCGCGAGGCAGGGAGAGGUGGAAUGAAGCUAGUGAACCAGUGAUCCUGGAAGUGAGUGGUGUUACGACGAGAUGGGAUGACGAGACGAGAAAAAAUAGACAGAAUUUAAAGACACGAGGAGAAAGAAGGAGAGGAAGAAAGCACGAGCUGUGAUUCAAGAGACGGGAGCGAGAGAAGUCGAUUUCGGAAGGUCGGGUCGCAUGACCAUGGCUAUGGCUGCCUUGGCACCCCUGAGCACAGCCGUUGCGGGCUCAGCGCUUCCACCGGUGGCGAAAGGCAGAAUUUCAGCUCUCUGUCCCAUCUCCAUAGCUCUUCCUCAGAGAAAGCUGCCGCAGCAGCAUCUCACCUCCGUCCUCAGCAGAACCAGUCUCUACCAGAGGCAGGUGAGAUGUACCUACUCGGGCGUUGGAACUGACUUCUCUUCAGCACCUAUCGAUGUCGUGGCCGAAGUAAAAUCGGAGAAGAUACUGGUUCUCGGUGGGAGUGGAUUCGUGGGCUCUGAAAUUUGCAAGCAGGCAGUCAAGAGGCAUAUUGAAGUUAUUAGCUUAAGCCGGUCCGGUCGCCCAUCUUACAGUGAAUCUUGGGUGGACAAAGUCGUCUGGGUUUCAGGUGAUGUAUUCAUGACAGACUGGGAUUCAGUACUGAAUGGAUGUUCUGCGGUGAUAUCAACUUUGGGAGGAUUUGGCACAAAUGAGCAAAUGGAGAAGUUAAACGGUGAUGCCAACAUUAUUGCAGUUGAUGCCGCGAGCAAGGCAGGUGUGCCAAAAUUUAUCUACGUCUCGGUUCAUGACUACAACUUACCUGAAUUUGCUCUAGACAGUGGCUACUUCAAAGGGAAGAGACGAGCGGAGGCUGAGAUUCUCAACAAAUAUCCAUCAUCUGGCACAAUCCUCCGACCUGGAUUCAUAUACGGCAAGAGAAGGGUGAAUGGUGUAGACAUUCCGCUGGAUUUCGUCGGCCAACCUUUGGAAAAAAUACUGGCUGCAACCGAGACUUUCACAAGACCCUUCGCCAAGCUUCCUGCAUCUGAUCUUCUCUUUGCACCACCAGUUAGUGUGAAGGACGUGGCUCUGGCAGCUCUAAAAGCCUUCAAGGAUGACACAUUCUUCGGUACUCAGAGUAUUGAACAGAUCAAAGAAGCUGCGUCUGCUGUCGUGACUGUCUGAUUCUACCUGUAAAGGCCUCACGUGGUUGGUGUAAAUACAGGAGCACUGUAAAUUGAAUUCCCUGAUCUGUAAUCUGGAUGCCAGGAUUCUCAAGUCGUAGACAACUGGAAAUGCAAAUGCUUCUUCAUUCUAUGGCUCUCCGAAAUUCGUCCACCCUGUUGUCUACUCUCUUUUCCGAGCAGUUCAUGGUUCAGUAGGAAGAUCUUAUAAAUAUCAGAUUCGCAGGCUCUCUCUGCUGUCCUUCGAUGCCAUCUAUCAACGAGGUUUCAUCACAUCUGGCACUCUGCCCUUCUGCUUCGCUUGCCCUCUGUGUCAUAGACGAGCCUGCAGAACCUCUGCCUGGGAUGGGAUGGGAUGUUCAAGACGUUUCUUUCAGAACAUCUUCGGCCUGAAGUAUGAACUGAAAGGAGCCAAGUUUACGUGGUUGUGUUUCUCCACCACGUAGGUAGAGCACGCAACACGGUUAGUCUUCUUAUCAGCUCUGUCGACGACGGACACCUGCCGGUGAAGAGUAGAGCGAAUCGACUAGAGAACCACGUAGACUGGAAUGUACGCCACUAUCCAGCGCCGAUCGUAUCUUCACAAUGAUUAAAAUCCAACCAAUUUAGCGUCUCCUCUGUUGACUCCAAAUUAGUAAAGUAAUCUCCAUCGACGUGAAUUACACACGUUAUCUCCCUUGAUGUUCGUCGUCCAGAGUUUCAACAUCUCCAAACGUCUAGGUGUCGUUGAAAUUGCUGAUGAAUCUGCCACUUGCGACUUGGGUCUUCAACUGUAGACUCCAGUCACUAAAUAUGCUGAUCUUUUGGUAGUUGUUG